AUGUCCUCCACAACCAACGACUUUGAAACGUGGUCUGGCAUCAUUGACGAUGCUAAUCGAUUCACCAAGUCUGAUGGCCAACCAUGGACGUUCCUUGUAGGCGAUCAUACCAGACCAAUUCAAGCCUACGGACUCCUGAACCCCACCGUCGUUAGUUAUCUGAAGGUCUCCGGGUCCAGGUUCUUCACGUUUGACAGCACGUGGAGGGAGGUCAGGCUACAGCCCGAAACCUGCAACAGCCCGCUUGACUUCACCCGCGCCUUCGUCCAAAUCCGCCAACAUCUCAGCAAAACCAUGGACCCGUGCGGUGGUAGGUUUCCAAAUGCACUGCUUGAAAACAUUGACAUGAUUCCUUUGAUCUGUGCCCCGAUCCGACGCUUCGACGGGGACCGCGGCUGUUCUCGGGCUGGCAUCCCGCGAGACAUCGCGCCGCUCUUCGGCGUCACUGUUCCGUCCGUCCAUGUCAACAUUUACUCUCAGUCUGGAGAGGAAGUGAAGCUGUAUCUUGCUGUUCACCCAUUGCGGUCUCCGUACCCCCUGGACCAGUGCGUCGUUAGCGAUCUCCAGCCUGGAGACGUUGCAAUUGAUCGAAUCAGAACCGAAACCUACGCCCAGGUCGAGUCUGGGAUACCUCUACACAAAGCCCCAAGGAACAAGCCGGAUGAUUUCGAAAUUUCCUGGAUCCGCUACUUCGACUUUAUCCAAAUGGUUCUGGGAACCGGGCCCCAGGUUGAUCUGCUGCCCAAGCCUGGCAUGCUGAAGCCCUACGAUCUGAAGUUGGGUCCUGGCGCUCGUCUGAAGGCCAGGGAUGGCAUCUGUUCGAUCGAGGCGUUCAGUGUCGAGCAGGUCAAAGACUUUCUUGUUGAUCGCAAGUUCAAGCCGGAGUCGGCGCUGGUUAUGCUUGACUUUCUCAUCCGUCACAAACUUGUCGGCGAUAGCAAUGGGGACCGGGAGAAGCUGGACAGUCGCCUGAGGAGAGACUUGGGCUUGCCUUUCGACAACCACAGAUGUUGA